UUUCUUCACCCGUAAACAAACGAAAGGAAGAUGACCCAGAGAAGCAGGAACUUCCGUAUUUGAUUUGAUGUAAUCAGAGUAUUUUUCAGGGUAAUCGGGGUAAAUAAAGAGCCUCGGUUUCCAGGCGGAGCUGCAGGAAGUCGACUCGGACCGAGCCGAAGAAACGGAUCGAUCGCUGGGAAGAAAACCCUGCGGAUGAUGGCUGGCUUCCUGGAUAACUUCCGCUGGCCGGAGUGUGACUGGUUUGACUGGGGAGAGCGGAGGAACGCUGUGGCCUCGGUGGUGGCUGGAUCCCUGUUCUUCACCGGCUGGUGGAUCAUGAUCGAUGCUGCAGUCAUGUACCCCACUCAGGACAUAAUGAACCAUUCAUUCCACACAUGUGGAGUCUUUUCCACCAUCGCUUUCUUCAUGAUCAACGCUGUUUCCAAUGGCCAGGUGAGAGGAGACGCGUAUGGCGAGGGCUGCCUUGGGCGGACAGGCGCUCGUCUCUGGCUCUUCAUCGGCUUCAUGAUGAUGUUUGGGUCGUUCAUCGGCUCCAUCUGGAUCCUGUUCGGAGCGUACGUCAUGCCAAAGAAAGAUGUUGCUCCGGGUCUGGCCGUGUUCUUUCAGAACGCCUUCAUCUUCUUCAGCUCUCUGAUCUACAAGUUCGGCCGCACAGAAAACCUUUGGGGUUAACCGCCGAGCCGUCCUACUGUCUUCACCUUUUACUCUUUUCAUCUGACUUUGUCACUGCUGUAUCUGUAAAUAUUUCCUGCUCCUGAAAUAUUAGCAUGUUUUAAUAGUUUUUUAAAACGAGAAUUAGAUUUUAAUGCCUCACAUGUUGACAUUAGGUAUCAAAAUGGAUAAUUUUAGUGUUUUACAUGCAGGUAAAGAGCGACUUUCAGGCUGAUUUUUGUAUAUCCUAAAGGGAAACAGAAAUAACAGAUGAGUUCAGAACCUCGCAGGUUAAAUUAUUUAUGUGGUUCUGCUGAGUAAAUCUGGAAGCUGCUCUUUAUCGUCACUUUGGGGGUAAUUUAUAAACUUCGAAACCACUGGAACAUUUUUAAUUGUAACUGUAAUUAAGGUAUUUAAUUUAUUUUUGUUCAGUUUCUGUUGUUUUAGUUAUGUUAAUUUUAUUUGUUAACAUGUAAAUAUUUAGAUUUUUGUCUUCACAAAGCAUCUACCUGCUCCUGUAGAGACUUAAGUUUUUAUUUUUAUUUAAAUCAAGGGGUCCAGUGAAUGCUAAGGUAACAGCAUUAAUUUGUUCUCUUUCAGGUUUACAAUAGAAAUGUGUUUUUGUUUUUUAAAGAUCCUGUUCCUGUAUUGUUUUUUAAACUGGAUAUGUUUGAGUUUUUAUUAUUCCUGUUGCUUUUUAAUGAAAAAGAAGCAGAAGAGUCAGUGUCCAUCAAAAAAGGCCGGUCAUUAAAGGGUUAUUCUGGAAAAUUAA